AUGCAACAGCCAAAGGAGGAAGUACCUGAGGUCAGGGAAGAGGAGGAGGAAGAGGAAGAGGCACUGACGGCAGUAGGUGGAACCUCAGACCCAAAUGAAGGACCAGAUAAUUCAGCACCUUCUAUCAGCUACACAGGUAGGUUGGGGAAGCAGGCUAAUGCAUCCAACACAUUUUUAAAGCAGCAAUAGGUGGCUUUUACAGUGAGCUUUCCCCUCAGUAGGCAAAUUUGUCACAAUAUGACAAAUUCAUUCUUUUAUGCUGAUUCCCCACCCCAAGCUAGUUGUCUCGGUAUCUCUUUUCCUUUCCACAACACUCUUUAUCUCUUGUCUCUGAUUAUGGUUUUUUGUUUUUGUUCUCCUUUUCUCCCUCUGCUUAGACAUUCACCCCUUCUUGAUCACUCCUCCCUGCAGAUGUCCUGCAGGCUCAGUUCUGAGCCUCUUCUCUCUUGCAAUACCCUUCCUCUGUGUUCAUGCUUGUACUUUCUUUCUUUUUUUUUUUUUAGAUAUUUAUUAAGAUUUUCAAGAAGUUACAAAAUAGAAAAAAAUAAGAAAAAUACAAAAGAAAACAGAUACAAAAAUAAAUAAAUAAAAAUAGUUAAAAAACAAUUCAGUCAUCACAUAUUUUUCAUUUACUUAUUUCCCGGACCUCCUCGCGCCUUCCUUCUCUGUAUUCCAGUUCAAAUUAUUAUUUCAGCAAAUCCCUCCCCUCUUUCAAAUCCUUUCCCUAAUUCAUAAUAUUCUGUCAUCACAUUACCUUAAUCUAUUUUCAUCUUAUCUUAUAUAUAUAUAUAAAAAAAGAAAGAAAAAACCUUAAAGUUUAGAACUUAAAUCUUAAUUUUUACCAACUUCUCCUAGCCAUAACAUUCUUACCUAAUUCUUUAGACAUUUUUAUAAGAGCCAAAUAAUUUCAUUUCAACAUUUUCCUAACAUUCAUCAAUUUUAUAAAACAGUCCUAAUGAUAAAAAUAAAAAAGUAAACAAUCCAAUCUUCGUCCAGCGUCCCUUCCUCCUGGUCCCGGGUUUUGUCAGUCCUUUUUAUCCUAUUAAUCUAGCACAUUAACCUGGCAAUCUUAUAUCCGAGGCCCUCAAGUCUCUUCCAUGUCCCUUCCGCUGCUCUUCUUCAUAUUUUCCUUUUAUUCGUGGGAACUCCAGCUUGGUGAUGUUUUUGACCCUUUUCAACAAAAAAGUCCCUUUUCCAUAGUCCAGACUAGACUUGAUGUAGUAUUUAAAAACAUGUUCCAGAUUCCCUUCAAAGUUAAGAGCCCCCACUGCUCCAAACAUCUGACGGCCCCUUUCCAGACUCGAAAAGUCCAAAUCUCCCUGUAUAGGGGGGUCUAUCCAACCCCCCAUUUCCAAACCAAACCAAAUUUUAUCUUUCCAAAUCUGGUCUUUUCCAAGUUCAUUUGUCAAAUCCAAAAAUUUAUAUUCCUGCUGGGCCGCAACUCCUUCCGUCUCUGGCGCCCAAGAUGCAGCAAAAUCCUCUUCUCUCAACUGUUCUGUCAUGGCACACUCCUGUUUUAGUUCCUGGGUGGGCUCCAUAUAGUUUCCCACUACCUGUUCAAAGGUUCUGGCCGCAUUAGUCAUCAAAUCUGUCUUCUGGCUUAACUGAUCCAAUAGGGCACUUAUUUUGCAGAAAGCACCCAAGCUUCUGCAGACAUUGUCCUGCAAGGUCACAAACCCUUUCCCACGGUUGUAAUCAGUGACAGCUGCAAGUUCCCAAGGAUUAGUUACAAUUUCACAAUUCCCCUCUAGGGGGAAAAACUUCUGGUUGUUCUUUCUCUUAAAAACAAUGGCAACAAAGUCUCUUUUUUAAGAUAUUUUGUCCAUAUUUGUUCUUUUAAAAUGCGAAAGGAGGCAAUGGAGUCACUAUGUUUCUCUUCUUAACUAUCUGUCAAAAACAUUUGUUUCUGGUCAAUGAGCUUCAAACGUCAAUUCUGACACCCCGCUCUAGGAUCAGGACGGUGGAAAAUUACUUUGCUUUAGAUUCACUUCUGCAGGUUUAAACAGCUCAGAAAAGAGAUCCCUCUUCUUCUCCUGCUACCGAAGGGGGGUUCAGCGAUUUUAAAUGGUGAAAGUCAAUCCUUUGAAAGUGAUUUUUAAGGCUCUAGUUUGCUUUGUCUUUGCUUUGUUCUGGCUACAGGGAAACAGAAGGCUGACUUCCUGUUUAAACCUUUCCGUUUCAGUACCAAAUUAAGGUGAAUUUUUAAGUCCAAAUUCCUUUCUAUUUCGCCAGUUCUUAUUUAAAGUCCAAAUAUUCAAUGUUCCAGUACUCACGGUUGGUUAUUUUAGAUGCCUAAUUGUCCCAGGAAAAAGGCAACGCUCUCCAGCAACGGCUAUGCGGCUUCGCUCCGCAGAAAAAGCGAUUGACUCACAGCACCGCGCCACUUCCCCCUCUUCGCUUCGGAGCCCGUUUGUGGGUUCCUUUGCGGGUUUGGGGGGGGCGCUGAGGGUGCCCGCCGAGUCCCACAGUCACAGGCUUCAUCCGCCUGUGAUUUCCAGAAGGGUCCCCGCUUCGCCGCAGCGGAAAAGACCCGUUUCAUGCGGAGCUGGUCCCUCCAGUUCAGAGGGAGUCCGCCAUUGCCGAUGGCGCCACCCCGGAAGUCCCAUGCUUGUACUUUCAGUUUGAACUGCCACCUUUACGUGACUCCUGUAUUUAUUUAUUCUUUCCAUCCCUCUUUUCACUUUCUGUCAAGUCCCAUGUUUGAACAUCUCGCUGACAUUUCCUUCUGUGCAUCUGCUGAUGUCUCUGACUGGCCAUGGUGAAAAUGGGAUUUCUAAUGUUUCCAUUGAGCCUCUCAUUCUUCCCACACCCCCGUUCACUGUCACACACUCACACACUACAUCCAUGGGGUGAUAUUCAGCUCCUUCUAAUGCUCUUCUUAUAGCCAGGCUAUGGUCAUUCUGCUGAUGCUUCCUCUUAUUGAUACUUUUGGUCAAGUACUUGGCUGAUGUUGUAAAAACUAUCCAUGGUUUUGACAGAUAUCUAUCAGGCUUAGAUAGGACUUGGAUUUGGCCCACAGGUCACCAGCUGGUCAUUUCUGGUUUGGACUUCUGCUUGUUGGCUUCCCUUUGCUUUCUCAUAUGCGAGACAAUUGGGAGCACCCCCACUAAGAUGAUAUUUUUGCCUCUCUUGCUAUGAUUAUGCCUCCUCUCAUCUUAAUGCCCCAACACGGCUUUCCUAUCACUCCUCAUGCAAGGAAUUCUCACAUUUCAGGUUAAUGUUUUUGUCUGUGACCCUCUUUCAUCUUACUCUCUUCUGCUUAUUGCUCCCUCUCUGCUGAAGCUCCUCUGUAAACUACACUUCCUUUGCACCUAAUCCAAGCCUCACCUUCAUGUUACUCCUCAGGCAUGAAAUAACUGAUGCCACCCACAUCCUGUCUAUCAAAGACAGCACCAGUUGCUCUGAACUCCCCUAGCACAGGGAACCGUGCAAGUAGUCAUGCAACAGGACACAGAUGGUUUAAUCAGCCUGGACAGGAAUUCAUUACUGUAUGUUCUGUUGUCUCUCCUCUCUGUUGCUGUUGAGCAAGGGAGUUUGCAUAGCAGAACUUUACAAUGUUCACUGCAAGUGAGCAAAACAGGAAUAAAACAGGAUUAAUAAAUCUUGUGAAAGCUGUAGAAUAUGGUGAGUGCAAACAAAUAAUUUUCUGUUCAAGGGGGAGUUCAGAGAAUACUGGCUCAGUUACCUACGUACAGCACUAUUUGGCUGGUGCCUGUUACAUCACAAACCCACCUACCUCCCAUCCCUGGUUUACUUUCUCAGCUCUUAAACUGAUUGCCUCUAACAAAAAAUAGAUGAUGAAUGAACAUUUUAAAUUACUAAAUGGACAUGUGUUGCUUUCAAAAGAAUACAUUUUAAAAGAUGAUCUGAAAUAUUGGGGAGGGGUAAAUCUGUUAACUAAAUCAGGAUUCAGAUUACCAAUGUGUGCAUCUGUCAUUUAUGAUUUAAAGGGGAAAGGCAGCUGGGCUCAUCCUAUGGGGGAAAUCCACUGUAAUUACUCUCCUUAACUUAUGUUUGGACAUGAUCUUAAGAGAAACAGUGCUGAAGUUAGUAUGGUGCUAUAUUAAUACUUGCUGGUCUGAAAUAAAGAGGCAUGUGUGAACAUAUCCAGAAUAAGAGAAGUUAUUUGAAUUAACCUUUCAACAGAUGCGGAAAAGAAUGUUGAAGUAAUAAUGAGUGUGAGGGAAGGCAAGUUAACUUAUUGGGUUAAGGUUUCAAGUAUAUUUCUGCCACAAACUUUGGGUAAAUCUAUGCUCAGUUUUAUGGACUUGAAUGGUGGGAAAGUUUUCCUCUGAAUAUUGUAUGUUGGUCACUUUCAGGUGUUAUGCCAUAGCUUUUGCCAGUGACCUGCAGAGAUACCUGCGUUGCCUUCUUUUGAUCUUUUGUGAACUAAUAUAUUGAAAACCAAGGCUGUCAAAGACUCAGUGAUUCUACUGAAUAACAAAUGAUUUUGCCUGACCGGGGUAUGAAAAGGAAAUAUGAAGGCACCCAGAACAUGCCCAAACUGAGAAGAGAGAUUCUCUUGCUAGCAGUGGCAAUAAAUUCCAUUCUGAACAGCAGUUCUGUGGUCUCAUGUGUUGAAGAGUGUUGGUUUCAGACACUUAAACCUUCUGUGCUUUGGGGAGGGUGGGGGGGGGGUUCUGAUGCCAUAGCACUGCUGGAUUCUAAUGCAUUGCUAGAUUCUGUGAACUGGAAGGAUGAAAUAACCAGUGAAGAAAAUGAUAAGUGUGUUAUGCACAGUGGUAAGUUUGCAUCAGAUACAGGCUGAAGCUGGACUUUCUCUGAAACCCAGUGCUUUACAAAUGCAAACUGGUUGGUUGUAUCUGGGGAAAAUGCAAAAUAUGGGUAAGGAAGUUGUGCUGUAGAGAUGCUAUGUGUCUGGUGCAGAACAGCAAUGCAAUGACUUCUUGUUUUUGUUUCCGUUAGAUCUUUCCCAGAGUUCUUCACCUUCUCUGUCAGACCAACUCCAAAUGGGCUGUGAUGAGGCAACCUCAGGAAGUCUGAAUGUAGAGUGCAGGGUCUGUGGUGAUAAGGCAUCGGGGUUCCACUAUGGAGUGCAUGCAUGUGAGGGUUGCAAGGUAUGGACAAUAUGCAAUGUACAAACUCUAUACAGAAGGGGUGGUAAACUUGUGACCCUCCAGAUGUUACUGAACUACAACUCCCAUCAUCCCAGGUCAUUGGCCAUGAUGACCAGGGCUCCUGGGAGUUGUUGUCUAACAACACCUGGAAGGUAUUAGAUUUUGUGGCUUUAGCACCCUCCUUCAAGACUCUUACCACUGUGUUUGAAGUCAUACAUUUAUAGAGUCCAUAGGAGUCUCUUCACCGACCGAACCAGGCAGUGACUGAUCAGGAAAAUUCAAAUGACUAUAAAGUUUUAACAAGCUACUACUACAAUGCACAAAAGAAUAAGCAACAAAUACAAAGAUACCAGUUCUUAUAUUUAAUGUUCUCUUCCCCUGUUGGUAAACUUUUGCCCUGUUUCUUGCUCCUUUUCUAACAAGAAUAGAGUGCCUCAUUUCCCAAGACAGGACAUCAAACCAGUUCCUUUUUCUUUCUUUAACCUAGAAAUGUGUUGGUCUGUGCUGCUAAAAACCCCUAACAUAAGCACAUUGAUUAGAAAAGUCUGUGUUCAUCAUCUUUUGGUCUGACCCAAGUGUAUUCAGUUCUAAUUACGUGCCAAAUUUCACUUCUGCUUGUCGUUUUGAGUUCUAACUGCAUUUAACUAUGCAUUUAUUUUAGCCCCUUUAUUCCUCAAAGCAUGAUUUAUUAGCCAUAUAUUGUAUGACAUACACAUGUUAUAGUAGAUCUACAAGGGCCACGUUUUAGCUACUCCUUUAUUCACAAGGUUCUAGGAGGCUUCAGUGAGUAAAUUAUGGAAGGAAACGGAAUCUUUUCUUCAGACGUUAAAGAUCCAAGUAUCUCUAACCCACAGCUGGAACAAUGGUAUAAGACCAACCUUUAUUCUGAUAGCAUAGAACAAAAGCACUAUUCUGCAAACAGUAUUAACAAGGUGCUGCAUUCUGAGGACAUGAAGUAACAAUAUCCCUUGAAAUGGACUAGUAGUAAUAUUCCUAAGCUCCACAGACUAACGUGGACACCGUUCUGGAAUUUGUCCCUAACAUGCACAUGAGUUUUGCCUGGGACAUUUUCCUGCUUUACAUCUUCUCUACCCUUCUUCCCUGUCACUAUUCUCCAUCAACUCUGGUCUCCUUGAGAACACAGACAUUACUUUUAGACGUAAUCUUUGGCUGACAUACUUCACGGGACACCUGUGAACGUAUUCUGUUCCUGAUCAUUUGGCUGGCUGUUGGAAUCGCAGAAUGCCAAAGGAGAUGAGUUAUUCAAUGUCUAAGUGAUGCCAAAAUUAUCCAAAGGGGGCGGGGGAGGGGAAGCUGAAGCGAGAGAGACAAGGAUGUUGAAAGCUGGAUUUGUUUAUUCAUAUCCCCCUGCUGGAUCUUUGCGAUACUACAAGUCUGUUUUUUGCUGUUUUUUACACGGGAUAAUUAUGUUUAGGCUCUCUUCCUCCUUGUACUAUUCUUUUCUCCAUGUGUAUGUUAAAAAAAAUUUUUUUUUUUUGAGAAUAUUUCAGUUGAACAAAAUAAAGUAAAAAUUAAAAGUGAAUAAAGAAAUAAAAAUAAAAGGUAUAUUAUAUCACUAUAUAUGCAGACAACUACAAUUCCAUAUAUGCAAGUCUAGUAUGUAGGUAUAUGAAUGUUAUUAUUAUACAGAUAGAUUUAUGGUUAUUUAUAACCUACCAUAUUUUUUAAUAAAGGAGUUCCAAAUAUUGUUAUGCUUGUCCAUACAAAACCUACGUCUGUAAGCAAUUGGUUCAUAAGCUGGGAGUGUUGUCCUACCUUCAGUCCUUCUCCAUGUGUAUGUUAACAUGUAGUGUGGUCCAUUGUUCUAAAGUCUCUUUGCUUGUUGCUGAAAACGAUAUUCUGUCCUGAGACUCAAGUUGACAGCAAUCCUGGGACAUUUUAUAAGGAGCUGCUGUGUUAUCACAAUGACCCAUCUCCCUGUUUCUUUUCUCCCUCUGCCUGCUCUCCAACAGGGCUUCUUUCGUCGAACAAUCCGUAUGAAACUGGAGUACGAGAGGUGUGAGCGGAGCUGUAAAAUUCAGAAGAAAAACCGAAACAAGUGCCAGUACUGCCGCUUUCAGAAAUGCCUCUCCCUGGGCAUGUCGCACAAUGGUGAGACUCCUCUCCUCCCCUUAGCUCUAGAUACAGGAAGAAAAACAUAGCUAGAUAUGGAACUUUGUGUUUUCUGUAGGCAACGUGUUUAGUAUUGUGUUUGGGGGGGAGUGUCUAACUAUGCUGCUCUGGCAGUCAUCCUCAUUAGCCAGGUAGUAGGUUGGAAUCAUUGCACAGCCUGCAUCUCUUUCCUUCUGGAAAUGAUUGUUAUGGACACAGCCUAAGAAAGGCAUGUCAGUGUCUAUUGCUUCCAGUCUAUUUUUCCUUGUUUUGUCUUUAGAACAGUGAUUCCCAAUUAGCUAAGUACUGUGGACUCCCUGUUUUUUAAAAGCCAAGCCAUAGACCCCCUACUUUUGAAAACGUUGAUAUCUCUGUGGUAGUUUUUGUUAUGUGCAUGGUGCCACGAUGCCCUCCAACAUGUCCCAGCAGAAAACUGGGAUGCGCAUCUUCUGGGAUGUGCUCUUGCAUUAGUCACGUGACCUGUGCAAGAGCACAGUGCCCCAAAACACCACCUUGAGCUUCCCGAUGGAAAAAGAGGGAUAUAAAUGUAAUAAGUAACACUCUUAUUUUUUGUUUCCCUCCCCGUCCACCUAUAAUUGUGUAAUAUGAAACGUCUUCAAUAAAUAAAUAGUUGGAAAGACAUGGGGAUGCUAUUUUGGCCCAAGACUCCUAACAGUAUCUUCUUUGUUACGUUUCUUCAGCCAUUCGUUUUGGCCGCAUGCCUGAAGCUGAGAAAAGGAAGCUAGUGGCAGGACUGACAGCAAGUGAGAUCACCUGUCAGAACCAGCAGGUAGCUGACCUGAAAGUAUUUUCCAAGCACAUCUACAACGCCUACCUGAAAAAUUUCAACAUGACCAAAAAGAAGGCACGAGGCAUCCUGACUGGGAAAGCCAGCAGCACUCCAGUGAGUACCUCAGUCCCAGAGGGAUGAAAGUGGAGCAGAACUUGCCAGGCAAGCUCUUGGCAUCUGCAGUCCAAGAGAUUCAAUGCUGUGCCCAAAGCAGACUCUCUGACAUCAAAGAACUUUAAUCAACUAUUUGGUCUUGCUCAUAAAGAGAAGCUUGGUGUUUUGUUGAUAUUGAGGCUGCUGGUGUGAUCAGUGUGACCUGAGUUACAUCACCAGGAUAACCAGAAGUUUUCUGUACUCAAAUUAUUCUACAGAGUUUUAUCUGAAGAAGUGUGCAUGCACACAAAAGCUCAUACCAAUAACUAACUUAGUUGGUCUCUAAGGUGCUACUGGAAGGAUUUUUUUAAUUUUUUGUUUUGUUUUGACUACGGCAGACCAACACGGCUACCUACCUGUACAGAGUUUUAGUUAGUGCAAACGGUGAUGACUGAGUUCAAUCCUAAAUGCACAAAAGAAAAGAAAAGAAAAAAUUAUAAUCCAUUGAUUCCACUGAGGGAAUGUUUCCCAUGAAAACACAUUCCCCUUCCUUUUUAAGGCUCUAUCCCAUGUGGCUUCCCAAAAGAAAUAUAGAAGUUUAUUUAUACAUAUAGCUCACUGGGGACUAUAAAAUCGAGCUAUAUAGACAUCAGCAUUACCAUGCAGGAAAAGGUGGGAGAAAAUUUUAGGGUGAAAAGUUGAAAAAGUAGGCAUCCCUAUAGCAUUAUUAAAUAGUGGUAAUACAUAUUCAUUUGUACUAUUGAAAAAUGCUUCUUUAUCAUUGUACACAGGUGUCAUAAUAACUAUAGAUAGGUAAGAUGAGCUUUCAUUUUAUAUCCUGCUCCAUCGUAGGAGGUAAUUAUCCUUGAAAAUAAUAGCAGAACCCAAGUUUUUUUACUCUAAAUUGGAACCGGUGUCUGAAAUAUCCAGAAGUGCUUAUUUUGUAUUUCACUUCAAACUUCACUGAAUUCAGUAAAUUGAAGUUUUGUAUAGUGCCUCACCAUCCUGAUUAUAAACAAGUCCUCAGUGCAAUCUUUCUUCUGUAUCAGCAAUAAUUUUGUUUUAAAGAAGUUGUUUGCCAUUCUCCUCCUCCUCCUCCUCCUCCUCUUCCUCCUCCUCCUCCUCCUCUUCCUUCUUCCUUCUUCCUUCUUCUUCCUCUCUUCCUUCUAUGAAUUCAGCACAGUGUUGUUUGCUAGGGACCUUUGUAGAGGAGGCUAUUUUCUACACAGACUCUGAUAUUCUCUGUCUGCCAUCGUAGGAAGCUAGAGGCAUUAUCAGAGUUGAAGAACACAUUCCAGUCAAGCAAUAACACGGUGGGGGGGGGGAGCAGGGCCAGUGAGGGGGUGGCUGGCAGAGCUCUGAGGUCCAGAUGGAGAGAUCUGGAGGGCCACAUGUCACCCUCAGGCCUGGGCUUCCCCACAACUGCACUUCAGCCUGUGGCUUGAUUCCCCACUGCAGAAUCCUGACUCUUAUGUGUUUGUUCUUUGUAGCCUUUUGUGAUUCAUGACAUGGAUACCCUGUGGCAAGCGGAAAAGGGUCUCGUGUGGAAACAGCUAGUGAAUGGGAUACCACCAUCCAAGGAGAUUGGCGUCCACGUUUUUUACCGCUGCCAGUGCACAUCCGUGGAAACUGUGCGGGAGCUCACAGAAUUUGCCAAGAGCAUCCCUAGCUUCAUUAGCUUGUACCUUAAUGACCAAGUGACUCUGCUGAAAUACGGGGUGCACGAGGCCAUCUUUGCAAUGCUGGCCUCCAUUAUGAACAAAGAUGGACUCCUGGUGGCCAAUGGGAAUGGCUUUGUGACGCGCGAGUUCCUGCGCAGCUUGCGCAAGCCCUUCAGUGACAUCAUGGAGCCCAAAUUUGAGUUUGCUGUGAAGUUCAAUGCCCUGGAGCUGGAUGACAGUGACCUGUCUCUGUUUGUAGCUGCCAUCAUCCUGUGUGGAGGUGAGAAGGGGGAGUUCUUUGCUAGCAAUGGUAUAUGCUUUCUAAAAGCUUGCUGAUGAAGACUGGGCCAUUAUCCUGCUAAGUUAAGGGCAAUUAAUAUUAGUUUGAAGGUGUGAUUGUGAUGCUGGCAAUUCAGACAGGAUGAAAAAGCUAGAAAGGAUUAAAUCAUCUUCUCCACAGUCCUGUGCAAGCUUACCUGAGAGUAACCGCUACUGAACACAGUUGGACUAACUUCUAAGUGAAUAUGGAUAGGAUUGCAUCCACAUCCAAUUUACCACUCACCACAACAUCCUUGUUACUUUCUUUUCAUUCAGGAUACCACCCACUUCUUCAUUUUUAAUCUUUAAAAAUCCUUAUUGUUGUUAUUUCUUUGCUGACUCUUUCUCUCCUUUUUUACCUCCUAUGACUGUUUGGUCCUCAGUAUCUCUCUUAACUCUGUUGAGAUCUUUGGCCAUUUUGACCUUGUCUUUGGUACCACAUCUCACACACCCCAGUUCAGCUUCUAUAACUGAUUUAACAGACAGUUGUAGUGAAGAAGAAAAUGAACCCUGCCGUGGAGAAAUCCUGUUCAUUCCUUAAAGUAAAAACAAUGAUAAAUGUUUGCUGUAGUGCAGCAUUGCUCAGUAAAGUGUGGUUUAAAAUAAACAAAUCUUUAAAUAGUGAGUGAGAGGUCAGGGCAGCCUUGGCACUACUCUGUUUGUCUUCUUGUUUAUAGAAGCACAUUUGCAUGUAUGUGCUCAUUCUGUGCAUUUCUGUGUGUGUAUGAAAUCUUUUUUAGAACAGUUGGAAAACUACUCCAGAGAUUGUGGAGAGGGUGGAAUAGAAUGUGUUAGCAUCCUCAGUGAUGUCAUGCAGCACUAGUCACACAUAGCCUUACACACAACUGUUUUCAUAACCUUUUUGAGGGGAGAGUUGGGUAUUUCCCAUUCAGACAAAGUGUGCCAAAAAUCUGCAGAAGUUACACGAUUGGAGCCUGCAGGAAGACAGAAAAGAAACAUAGUUGGUACUUGGGGAACUGACAUCAAAACACCCACCUUUUGCUCAAAACGUCUCAUCUGAAUUCAUCCUGGUUUCCCCAACCUAUAUAAUACACAUUAUCAAGCGGUUAAGAUCACUUCAGGCAGCAGACAUGUUUGCAUUUGUUCAGGAGAGAGGGUGCUACAUGUUUGAAUGCUCUUUCAUGAGGAAAACUCACUACAGAUGUCAAAAUGCCACGCUGAGGAGCAGGCUAGUCUGAGCUUCUCUUGGUGUUCAGACAGGUAAAGGAUUGGAAAAUAAUGUUGUGCGCUCUCUCUCUCUCUCUCUCCCUUUUGUAGACCGUCCCGGCCUCAUGAACGUUAAACAGGUAGAGGAGAUUCAAGACAAUAUCCUCCAGGCCCUCGAGUUCCACUUGCAGGCCAACCACCCAGACACUCAAUACCUCUUCCCUAAGCUGCUGCAGAAAAUGGCUGACUUGCGACAGUUGGUGACUGAGCAUGCGCAGCUGGUGCAGAAGAUCAAAAAGACAGAGACAGAGACUUCUCUGCACCCGCUCUUGCAGGAAAUCUACAAGGACAUGUACUGA